AUGGACUAUUCAAGACUACGAGCCGCCGCUCUCCGCGAUGGCGAAGACGAGGAAGCCGUUACCGUCGAUACUCGAGCUCUUAUCGACAAAGUUCUUGCGCGAUACUCGGGCGAAUGGACAACAUUGCGAGAACUGAUCCAGAACGCUGCGGAUGCCCAGGCAAAGACUGUCAGCGUCAAAUGGGAAACUCUACCAUCAACACAGGUGCCACUACCGAAUACCACGAGCCGAUCCGAGAUACUGAAACACACCUUGUCGAACCAUACACUACGCCGAUUGGUCGUGCAGAACGAUGGACAACCCUUCACAAAGACAGACUGGGGAAGACUAAAGCGUAUUGCCGAGGGCAACCCCGAUGAAACGAAGAUCGGUGCCUUCGGUGUCGGUUUCUACAGUGUUUUCGCUGAUUGCGAAGAGCCGUUUGUCAGCUCCGGUAACGAGGCCAUGGCAUUCUACUGGAAGGGAAAUGCACUCUUCACAAAGAAGUCUCAAAUACCGGCAGAUCAAGCUACCCAUCAUACAACAUUCGUCCUCGACUACAGGAAUACAACCACACCCCUCCCGAACUUGUUGUCUGUUAGCCAGUUCCUUGCGACGAGUUUGACCUUUGUUGCGCUCGAGCACAUCGAGUUCUGGAUUGAUGACUACCAGAUUCUGUCUUUGAAGAAAAAGUCAUCUCCGAGUGUUGAACUUCCUCUUCCUCGCGACCUCGAGGCGAGGACAAAGGAUGGCCUAAUGAAGGUUACUAGCGUUGACCGCACAAGCACGCAGAUCGAUGCGUCUUACAUGGCCGCCAUAGGAUGGAAACCACAAGCUACGGCAUCCACCACAAAGAAUGAGUCCUACGGCGCCCCUGAAACUCCUUCCUUGAGAUCUUUCUUUGCCCGCCUUACGUCAAGUGCGUCACAGGCAGGCAUUAGGACAAAAGCACAGCACGAGGAGAAUGCUGCGCAAGUGACGAUUUCCGAAGAUGUGACUAAGCUUUCGUCCUCCACAAUCUUCCUUCGGGCGACUUCUGCAAGCAUCCGUACAAGCGUAGCCUCGUCCUUUGCUUCCGAACUUGAAAGAGCGACGAAGAAACCCCCGCCAAAGACAACCAAGAUCGCCAUCCUAACUUCGUCUUAUGAUGAGACUCAAGCUUCACAAGAGGCCGCAACAUCGGGGGCGCUUGGCAAAGCCACAGAUGUCUUUGCAUCUGUGCUUCCCAAUAAAAAGCCGGGCGGUCGCAUCUUUAUUGGCUUUCCCACCAUGCAGACUACUGGAGCUGGACUCCAUAUCUCAGCACCGUCCGUGAUUCCCACAGUGGAAAGAGAGGCUAUCGACUUGAAUGCCCGCUGGGUCAGGACAUGGAACCUUGAAAUUCUUCGUGCUGCUGGUAUCAUUACUCGGCUUGCUUUUGCCAACGAGAUGAGCGACCUGAGCAGCCGAAUCAAACAGGUUAUGGCAAAAGAGACCAAAUUCUCUCCCGCAGUCAUCGCCAAGUUCAUGCCAGAAGCUCUUCACAUUCACAAGACCUUCACAUUUGAGGACUCAACUCCCAGCGGUCAAGUUGGUCAGAUUAUUGAGGAAGCUUUUUGGAUGUGCUUUAAGAAGGCCUCAAUCGAGACCUACUCAACACGAGGCGUGUUGCAAACAGUCGAUGUGCGCAUUGCUUCGGAUGAGAUGGGUAAAUUCGUCAACAGCAUCCCUGUUGUACCAGAGGAAAUGAAGGGUGUUCCAUUUGUGAAGAAGCUCAUAGAUUUCGGUCUCAUUUCACACAUCACGGUCACAGAUGUGAAGAAGGAGCUGGAGACAAAAGCUAUGAACAAAGUUCAGUUGAUGAACUUUAUCAGUUGGGCAGGCAAGAAGAGCUUGAGUGGUGAGCUCGAUCCUGGCAGUCGAUCCGCCUUGCUAGAAGUAGCUGUCGGCACGAUGAGUGAUGAUGGGGAACAAGGCGAGAUCAUUGCCCUUGGUAGCAUCCGGAAUCACCUCAUCGCGAACAGGAUUCCUGCCAACUUACCCAUUCCUCCCACAACAAUCCCUCAUGCGCUCACUGCCAACUCUCAGCAGGCUGAAUUGCGUGCUUUAGGAUGGGAACCGCUAGAAAUUCUCCCAUGGUUGAGAUUCCUUCUGGACACAAAUUCUUCUAGACCCGAGGAGCAGAACUUGACUCAAUCAUCUAAGUUUGCAAUUCAGAUUUUGACUGUCCUUGCAAAGAACUUUGAAAACUCAAGCCCGAACGCAAGGACCACCAUUGUUUCUCUUCUUCAAGCAAAUACAGUUGUCCCUACAAAGCAGGGUAUGAGAAAGCCUACUGAGUCCUUCUUCCCGAUCGUCAAACUUUUCGACGAUCUUCCGGUCAUUCAAGGUUGCGAGAAGAUCAAGGAGAAAUUUCUGGUCACUAUUGGUGUCCGCAAAACUGUAGAUCUCGAGACCAUCUUUACCAGGCUGUUGAACGCCUCUGGUGAAGGUCAUCAGAAAUGGAGUCACAUGGAACUCAUCAAAUAUUUAGCAUCUGUCCGCGAGGAUAUUCCAGGUGAAGACCUGAGCAAGCUAAAACAGACACGCUUUUGCCCAGCCGAAGCUGGUCCAAAGGGCAUGGAGUCCACCAAGGGAACGACAACGCUUUACAAAGUUUCGGAACUAUUCGAGCCUAAGGACUCUUUGCGUGCAUUGCGAUUACCUAUCCUCCAGUGGCCAGGGCCUCCUGGGAGCUAUCGACCUGGAGGCCCAGAAGCUCGAUUCAUAAAUUCUCUUGGACUAAGGCCUUAUCCAUCUGUCCCUGAACUCGUUGAGCUAAUGUCUGGCAACGAUGAAAGUCUUCGGGUUUCGUCUAUGACAUAUUUCCUCGCCAACCACCAGAUCAAUGGAUACGGGUCAUUCCAGCUCGGUGGCAGUCCCAAGGCAAUCAUGCCUCUCCAGGGUAGUACCCGUCUUGUACCGCCUUCACAGUGCUUCUACAAUCCGCGAGCGUCUAUCCUUGGGUUUAACAUUUUGAGGAAAGAUCUACACGACCAUGCUAUUAAAUUUGGUGUUGCACGAGAUCCGCCAAUGGUGGACUGUGUCAACCGUCUCUUAGCAUCACGUCCUCAAGAUCAUCAGAAUGCUGUGGCACUUUUCAGCUAUUUCGCCUCUCGAAUCACAGAACUCGGCGAGAAUACCCUAGUCAAAUUGCGUAACGCCUCGAUAGUUCCUAUCACAAGGACUACUCGAUCGUCUGAGAAAUCAACUUCUUCCAUGACUCAUGUCAGUCCUUCACGGGUGUACCUUGGGGCUUCAACUACAUAUGGAGACAUCUUCGAUUUUGUCGACUUUGGUCCUGAGGCGAAUGCAUUCUUGUUCCAAUGUGGUGCCAAAAGCGAGCCCACCAAGUUGGAGGUUGCACAAAUGGCAUGCAGUGAGCCCGCCCGUCUCCUCGGUGUUUUACAGAGUUCAGAGAAGUACCUGGAUCUUCUUAAAUCCUUAGCAGAAGCAUCCCCAACACUCCACCGAGACAAAGAAUUAUGGAGGAAAAUGCGUACAGCGCCCUUCCUCCUUGCAUACAAAGAACUCGCGCCCCCUAAGGGGAAGUCCGACGACUUAGAGGAAGAGGAUGAACCUAUUCGACAAUACCAGCUUGCCUCUGCUGGUCAAAUAGUGAUCCUGGAUGAUAUCAUCAGCUACAGAUUGUUCAAGGAUCGCCUUAUUUGUGCGCCGGAAGAGGAUGCGCUUGAAGAAUUCUAUCUAGCACUUGGUGCUCAGAAAUUGAGCAGUAUUGUUCAGGAGGAGGUCAGGAUUGGGCCCCACAGUGAUAAACAAAAGGCUGCACUCAGUCUCCGCAAGCAUGUUGUUGAGAGAUCGAAGAUCUUUCUCUUUGAAUACACAAACUACCGACGCGAUGCUAUCAAGCAUGACGUCAAAUGGCUGGACAAGAACCUCACGGUCCAUAUUGUUCGCUCAGUGGCUUUGAGAAGGACUCUCAAGGGUCAGUAUCAGACUCACACGGAGAAGCGAUCAGCCGCGAGUGAAAAGACCAGCAACGGCUGGGUUCUUUAUGUUUCUGAUGAGUCGAAGCCCGACAUGUACCAGAUCGGCCAGGCCAUCUGCCAAAUGCUGCUAAACCGCCCGAAUCAGCAGGCUUACUUAUUCUUUGAGCCAUUCCUCACCCUUGAUCUUUACGGUUUGAGAAAUCGCGGUUACAAUGUCGAUCGUAUCCUUCGGGCCAAGGCUGCCGAGGCCAGAAUUGCUGAGGAAGAGAGACGAAAGGCACUGGAAGAGGAGCAGCGCCAGAUCAAAGAGAGGGAAGAGCAAUGGGGGGCUGAGGCAAAAGCGGCCGAGGCUGCACGCGAAGCUACCAGGAUCCCGGAACCUCUUGGUCCCACAAUGCCAGGUUCCUGGGACUCACCCGAGGAAACAAAGCGCUCUCCUGAACAACAGGCUAGGAAGAGCAGAGGAUUGUUCGCAAACAUCGGUCGUCGACUUGGAUUUGAGUCUGACCAGCAUGAAGACGAGUCUCACAAGGAGUUGGACAAGUUCCUGGAUAAACCUAAGGAGAUUGAGGCACCUGGCGGAAGCUCUUCCAAAACCGGCAAGAAGCCGCAGCAGGAUGAGGGCAGAGUCACAAGUCCUGCCCUUGUGCAGCAGAACUUGCUCAACGCCAUCAAAUCGACCCGGGCGUACGGAUCUGAUAGUGUCUUUUCGGAGCCCACGGUCAACGAGGUCAAGGAACAAGCCACUUACUGUGAUAAGACGCCAGCAAAUAACAUCACUUUCAUCGCAGAAACUUCAAAUGGUAUGAAGAUAUUCUUUUCCAAGGAUAUCAAAGACCCAGGGAGUUUCUUGUCGAAACAUUUGAACAAUCUUAAUGUGUUCUCCAGUAUGCUGAUUGAGGUGGGCAAUACCUACUCUAUGUCACCCAAAGUCCUGCACAUCUUUUAUGACGAAGCUGGCGGCACUAUUGCUUUCAACACUGGAGGCAGUAUCUUCUGUAACUUCAGAUUCUUCUUGCAGUUGCACGCCGCGCAAAUCGCAGGAGGAAGCGGGCAAGCCAAGGCAGAGGCUGCUACCUGGUGGUGGGUAGUUCUGGCACACGAACUUGCACACAAUCUCGUGUCGCUUCACAAUGCUGAUCACAGCUACUAUACUGAAUCUUUUAUUCAACAGUAUUUCCCCAAGAUCGUGGCCAGAGCGGUCCAAUGGACUGCAAAUGCUGGGUCUCGCAGCGAAACACCCACGAUUGCACCACCUCCGUCUGGUGCACCACCACCUUACCCAGGUGAAUUGGGACGAAGCUUGCUAGACUGA